GCGACACCAAACACGGAGCAAAGUCUGCUUCAGCAACCCAGACAAGACCAGAACCAGAACCAGUGGUGUAGUCUACGUGAUACGCUGGUAUACGCCGUAUACCCACUAGAAAAUGCCAGUGAUUUCCGUAUACCCUCUUAAAACUGAGCGAUGAUACGUAACAACAUCAUUUUGUGACUGCGCUUUCACGCUUUCGCCCCUUCUGUGUUAACACUUUUGGACGUCUGGGGCUUCCGUCGCCUGUCCUGUUGCUAAGCAACAGCCACACACUUCGUUCGGCUCUGACAAACCCCGCGUUUCUCUAACCGUUAUCACCAUUUGAUCCGUCCACCAUUCAAGUUCGCGGAGCGCUAAACAGGAAGCAAACAUGAAACGAAAACAGACGACAAUAUUUCAAUGUUUUCCGAAGUUUUCCCCUACUACCACUACAGAAGAAGAGCCAGGUCAGGCGGCUGUCCUAAAGGUGACAGAGAACGAGCCCGGCGCUACCGCAAAGUUACCCGGUUGUGCUCUUUGCAGCGCUACAAAAUCAACCGGUGUCCUCACAGAACAACGAGUGUCUAUGUCUGAGGAGUGGGUGCACUUUAAGAUCCAGUCCUCAGAUUCAAGCAGAUCAACAUCUCUGGCCUCUCUGAGAAACAAGAUUAGACGACAUGAGACGUCCAGAGCACACAAAAUAGCCCAGGAGUUCACGGAGAAGGGUGGACAGGAUUUAGUUGGAAAUUUGGUGAGCGCUGUAUCAGAGUGUGUUUGCAGAGACAGAUUCUGUAUUCAGAACAGCAUACUAUCUUGCGAAGAUGAACCAACCUUUUACUGACCAUGAUAGCUCAUUGAGCUUCAGGAAAAAAAUGGUGCCAACAUGGGCACUAGUCUGCACUCAAGGUACAGUUCCACAAAAAUUGUAGAACACAUAGCAAAAGAGAUGCAGAAAGAAAUAGUUCACAGUAUGUGACGUCUUCAAGCAAGUUGUCUGUUCUCAUUGACGAGGCUACAUCUAUCAGCCACAAAUCUGCAAUGAUUGUCAACUUGAAAGCCUCAGUGGAUGGAGCUACUCCUGAAUUUUUGUUCCUGGAGCUGGUUGAGCUGGAGAGCCAAAGGGCAAAGGAUAUAGAAGAAGCUCUGCUGAGCUGUUUGGACACUGCAGGCUUCACUGAAGAGUGGCUUCAAAAGAACUGGGUCUCAUUUGUUUCUGAUGGAGCCAGUGUCAUGUUAGGCAAGAACUCUGGUGUGGCAACCAGGCUGAGAGCAAGGUACCCUGUCCUCUUCACAUGGCACUGCAUGAACCACCGUUUGGAACUGGCUGUAUCUGAUGCUGUGGAUGAGGUUCAGGCAGUCAACCACUUCAAAGUGUUCCUAGAGAAGAUCCACAAUCUCUACAGUCAGUCCAAUAAAAAUUCACGAGAGCUUCUGGAAGCAGCACAAGAAGUGGGCUCGCAAGUCCUGAAAAUUGGCAGAGUUUUAAGUAUGCGAUGGGUGGCCAGCAGUUUCCGUUCUGUAAAGGCUGUGUGGACAUCAUAUGAAGCACUCAAUAGACACUUUGAAAAUGCUGCAGGCGACCAAACAAGAAGCAGCACAGAGAGACAAACUUAUAGAGGCCUGGCACGUCGAAUGUAAAGCAAGGAAUUCCUGUGUGACCUCGGACUCAUGUUUGAUGCACUGUCUGAACUUGCAAACCUGUCUCAGCAACUCCAGGCCCAUUCUGUCACACUCUUGAGAGCAGACCAUCUUCUAAAGCACACCAUCAGAGUGCUGGCAUCAUCAAAGAUACCCAAGGAGAGAAAUUAGAGGAGGCACUGACUGCACAAGCUUUGGGACAUUUAGGAUCGGUUCCCUUGGAGUCAAAUGCAAAGCUCACACCAAUCAAUGCAAAACAAUUCCUACAAAGUCUGAUCAACAACUUGGAGAAGCGCCUCUCAUUUGAUGGUGAAAUGCUUCAUGAUCUCAGUGUUCUGGAUACAGGCAACUGGCCAUCAACCCCUGGCAUAUGGCAUGGUGAGGCACAAGUGAAACGACUCUGCAGGCGGUUCAAUCUUGGUGAAGAGCAAGCAGUCAAUGGUAUGAGAGAUUUCCUUGAGCACCCAGACAGUGAGCCUGAAAGCUUAAAGCCACUCAUACAAUGCAUGAAGACCAUCCCUGGCAGUGUGAAAGGGGCUUCAGUCUCAUUAACAAUAUAUGCACAGACAAGAGAUCGACACUGUUGUUGUCAAAUAUAAGUAAUUUGAUGAUGAUCAGCAUCAAGGGGCCCCCUGUAACACUUUUUGAGCCAAGGAAGUACGUCACAACAUGCUGAGAAGCCAUCGCUCUGCCACGCAAGCAAGGAGGCAAUGCACACCUCAGAUGCCUGAGUACAAACAUAUCUGGAAAGCUCUGUAGACUACCAGACUGUUUCUAGAAGUGUUCCAUCCCUUUUUCAGGGCUUGUGGACUAACACAGUGAACCCAGUAUGGACAUGUUGAGUGCUUUUUCAACCUUCAUUUAUUGAGGUGAAGCUUAUUUGUUCAUUUGUUUCUUGUUUGAAGCUAAUUUGUCUUGUAGCACUUCAAGGAUGUUUGCUUGUUCAUUUAAGCUGAUACAGUACAUAGUUUGACAAUGAUUUAUGGAAGAUAAUAGGGCUGAACAAGUUUGAAUAAAUAUCUAAUGCAUUGAAAAAUAUGUUUAAAAUGAUUAUUUGUGCAGAUCAAUGUGAAACAAAGAUUAUUUUAAAGUGUAGAAUAUGAAGUGUGGGUCAGGUCUGUAGCAUGACCAUAUUUAUUGUAUAUUACUUGAAAAUUGCAGUAGGCCAUAUUGAGGUUUUGAUAAAAAAUGUCGAUUAAUUUUUCAACCCUAGAAGAUAAGGGGGCCUUUUCCAUCAUUGUUCAUUCUUUUAUCUGUUAAUGUCACUGGCAGUUAAAAGUCACAUACAAAUGCUUAUAAUACAUGUUGACACAUAACCAGUCUCAAGAUGCAUACUCUAUGCAUUAGUGAGUGUGAUGGUGUUCAUGAGGUGUUGCUUUCGAGACAGGUGUCGCUCCGCGAUGCGUCGCUCUAGGAUGGAUGAGUACAAUUAUUACAGUAUACCCACUACAAAAAAGUAGACUACACCACUGUUCCCACCGAGUGACUCAUCUUCAUCACAAACGAUCUUUGACUGUCCGCGUCAUGACGUCAGACUCCUAGCGUCAGCUCGUAUUUCCGGGUUUCAGAAUAAAACGCAUCCAGUCGAGGAAAAGUUUCCCCGUGCAGAGAACAGUAUCUCAGGUGAGCGUCAUGUGCUGUUUAUCUUCUGCGCGAGGAUAAGGCUGCAGGUCGGGUGGUGACUUGACUCUGUUUGAGUUAAACCUCAGUUUGAGUUCAGCUUCCUUCCGCAGCAGUGAAAUUUAACAAAUCUCCAAACACUGUGAACCGGAUCAGGGUCUGCGUGUGUUGGCUGCAGCAGGAUGUCGACCACGUCUCAGAAACAUCGGGACUUUGUGGGCGAGCCGAUGGGCGACAAGUCUGUGAUGGCGCUGUCCGGCAUCGGGGAAAUCCUCGGGAAGAAACUGGAGCAGCAGGGCUUCGACAAGGCCUUCGUGGUGCUGGGCCAGUUCCUGCUGCUGAAGAAGGACUCGGACAUGUUCACGGAGUGGCUCAAGGACGCCAGCGGGGCCAACUCCCGCCAGGCCGGGUCCUGCGCUCAGUGUCUGCGCGAGUGGUGCGACGCCUUCCUCUGAGGCCCGGCGUUUUUAUUCAGAGUUCAUUAGUAGAACGUUUCAAAUAAAAAGUGGUCUGAUUAUUGUGACGCAUUAAAUCCAUUCAAAUCUUGA